AGUCUCGUCGGGGUCGUAGCGAGGAGCGGUCGUAUCGCUCCACUAAGUUCACAAAUCAGUGAAAUAUAUCAUUAUUCUUGUGUGAAAUUAUUACAUAUAUUUGUCCAUUUAGUGUUAAUAGUGUUUCUUUACGGACAUAGUUAACGGGUAUUUAUCAAAAAAGUGAAAUGCUCAAGAUUCGCGAGUGAAGUGAUCCAUGAUGGCGGUGAAUAGUCCCGGUGGAUAUCCACCCGUUUCCCCAAAACCUCACACACCUAAAAGUCCUCGCCAUUUUGUUUUUCCACAGAAAAGUCCCUCUAUCACGUCCAGCACUUCUUCCUCGGGAUAUUACACACCCCAAUCUGGUUGUAGCUAUGAUAAGCACAACCAGCCACCAAAAUCACCAAUAGCCCAUGGUCAUAGGAGUCCGAUGAGUCCAAGGCACUUCAAUUUUCCCCAGAAUCCUUCCGGACGUUCUAGCCCUUGCAAUUUCGAUAGAGUCCAUCACACUGGCCUCCACUACUCGACAUCUUUGAAGCACAGCCGCAGAGAGAAGUCCCGAUCACCAAAGCCUCCCCCAGUUCAUAUUCAUACUAAUCCUGGCUAUGUAUCUCCAAAUCGCACGAGAAAAAUUUAUGGCUCUAAUUCCACAGUGAAUUCUCCUCGUCUAGUUCCUUCUCCUAGCAUAGUCUCUAGUCACACUGACGAUUCGAUGGAUGCAAUGCCAGGCACACCAUCCGCUAUUGUUCACGACGCAGACGAUGAGGCUACGACUACAUCUUCAAGAGUUUGCCGUAAAUCCACAUCUGAUUUGACGGAUUUAACAGAUGAUACGCCAAAGACUCGAUCCACAAGUAUUAGUAGACCGUGCUCGCCGAUGCGCAGAGGAUCAAUGAAGGGUGGUCUGGCUUAUUUGGCAAGCAGAAGAGGAUCCAGGGAGUCUACUAUGUCUAACUGUGACUCUGUUGAAGAUAUUGGUCCGCUAAAUUUCCAAAACACGAUGCGUGGUCGUCAAAGGCGAACCUCAAAUUUUCUGGAGUUACCAGUGGUUGACCAUUCAAGGCCCCGAGUGUGCUCGUUGCCAGAGAAACCGUAUAAUCCUCGGCUGUCAGACGACCUGUACAGAUUACGGACCUUCUCGAUAACCACCAAAGGAGGAGUCGUCAACUGCGGCGAUUCAAUCUGCAACCGUCGCAGCCGCUCCAACACGUCCGUCAACUCCACCAAUAGCAGGGCAUCAGAUCGGUCACCUUUCGACGGUUCCUGCUGCUCGGGAUAUCGGCCCGUUGACUCAGCCAGCCUCACAACACCAGACGAAGAUGACUUAGAUCAGAUACCAAAGUACCGAGUGGUGCUUCUCGGAGACGCUGGCGUCGGGAAGACAGCUUUGGUAUCCCAGUUCAUGACGUCAGAAUACAUGAACACCUAUGACGCAAGUUUGGAUGACGAGUUCGGUGAGAAAUCUGUAUCUGUACUACUCGACGGGGAGGAAUCUGAACUUAUAUUCAUAGACCAUCCCAGUACUGAAAUGUCGGUUGAGAACUGCCUUUCAACCUAUGAGCCUCAUGCCUGCCUGGUGGUAUACUCAGUGGUAGCGCGAGGCUCUUUCAUCAGGGCAGGAGAGCUGCUAUCCUACUUGGCCAGGGAGCAGUUCACGGCCGAUAGGACUGUGGUGUUGGUUGGGAACAAAGCUGAUUUGGCCAGGGCUAGACAAGUCACUACUAACGAAGGCAAGGCGUUGGCUACAACAAAAGACUCCAAGUUUAUAGAGACAUCAUCAGGCAUUCAGCAUAAUGUGGACGAGCUUCUCGUAGGAAUCCUGAAACAGAUACGGCUCAAAGAAAACCGGGAGAAGAAGCAAGCGAAGAAAGUCGGAAAACAGGAAACAAAACCGUCGAAACUGGCCAGUUCCCGGACUCAUAUCUCAUUGAGCAUCGCUAGAGAAUUGCUUCAGAAGAUAUGUAUAAAUGACAUCUCCAAAUCUAAGUCGUGUGAAAAUCUCCACGUCCUCUAAUUUUCUGAGCUCCUGGUAAGAAAUAUGUCUAACAUAUACAAAUAAUAGGUUGGGGAAAAAGUCUCUUAGCAUUUUAUAUGAAAAUUCAAAACAUUUUUUUAAAAGUUUGUAUACAUUUAACUAAUGUAGGUACCGUUUUGUUCGAUAACUUUUUGCCAUCUUGUAGUAGGGACAUGAUCUCAUUGCUACAGAAAUUUUGGGGCUUCUGAUCAAAAAACCGCGACAAGUGGUUUUGGCAGUCCGCGUGGAAUGUUAACCUGAGACUGCUUAAAGAAUUCUGAAGAGACCCAAUCAGGUGGAAACCAGAAGGUGCAAGGUCAGAACUAUACGACGGAUGCAUUAGCAUUUACCAGCCAAACUCGCCUAAUUUUUGCUGAAAGGCAAAAAAUGUGUCAGAUCUAGCGUUAUCAUAAUGAAAACUACACCCCUUCUAUUGUUUAAUUCAGGCCGUUUAAACUUCUUGCUUAAAUUCGAUGGGACUGCUUGGCAGUAACAGUUCAUAAUGAAAAAUGCCUUUCCAAAUUUCAUCUCACACACAUCAUACUGUUGCGAGUUAACCCAGGUUUCGCCACAUUGCAUUACACCUUAAUAAAGAAUCACAAAUAAGAAUGAGUUCAUUAAAUUUCUUUCAGUGAGCUCGUGAAGUACCCAAAUAUCUAACUUUUUUGUGUACCCAGCUUUUUUAAAUGCACCAAUACUGUUUUGUGGUCAAUCCCCAGUACUUCAACUAUGUCGAAACUACUAAUAUCCUUAUACUAGUAGUUACGACAUAGUUGAAAAAUAAUAGGACCACUGGAGCGAUGUGUAUUUUUGACAUCAUAAUUUCCGGACUGAAAACGUUUAAACCAAAUUUGUACUACUCUCAAAGAAACUAAACUAGGUCCAUGAACUUCACAAUUUUUUUUCGCGGCUUACGUUGAAUUUUUACCUUUUUUAUAAAAUUUUAUAGGGUAUGUUCCGAUAUACACUGCGAGCACUGCGCAGUGGUCUUACUGCUGAAAAAUCCGUUCCGUUAUGGACUGCCAGUACACUGCUACAGUACCUUAGGGAAAUUUAUGACGUCAUAAAUUGCCGCCAUAUUUGUACUGUGAGCACUGGAGAUUUCGAGGUAAGGUGCUCGCAGUGCUUUUGAUCACGUGAUCAGUCGAAACAGAAUCAGAAAAUGAUAACUUUCUAAAUAAACAAAAAAAAUACUUACGUUUAUAUAUAAGAUGGAUUUAAUUGAUAAAUAAUUUUUUUUAUACAAUUUUCCAAUUUUCUUUUGAAAAGAGGGAAUCUUUAUAUUUAUAUUCACCUUGCAUUAACAAAUUUGAAAAUGGCGCC